ACACAGUUCUUGCAGCUCUGGGCUGGUUAUUGAAAUUCAAGGUGUGGGACAACGCUGGAGGGGGUGUAAGUUUACUGGGUAUAUAGAGUAAUAAAUGCAGUAACUGUGCAAGAAGGGGUUAAUAUCAGCUAUGGCGACCGAUUCUUCCUCUUUAAGGAUUGGAGUCGUAGGAUUUGGACAUCUAGGUCAGUACCUAGUGGAGAGGAUCAAUAAAGAUGGACCUGCCCUCGGUUUGACUCUGGGUUUUGUCUGGAACAGGAAUUCUGGCAAGCUCAGUGGUUUAGUCCCCUCUGAACUCAUACUCGGGGAUCUAUCGUCCUUUGCAGAAAGGCGAUGCGAUGUGAUUGUUGAGGUGUGCCAUCCUCAAAUAGUUAAAGAAUUUGGGCUCCAGUUUCUGUCUCAGUCUCAUUUCAUGGUGGGCUCUCCAUCUGCCCUCGCUGAUCCUGAUCUGAACCAGAAGUUGAGUCAGGCUGCUCAGAAGUAUGGCAGGACUCUCUACGUCCCCAGUGGUGCAUUAUGGGGAGGCCAGGACAUCCAGAGGCUGAAUGACAGUGGGAAAAUAAAGGCUUUGUUCAUCAGAAUGUCCAAGCAUCCCUCCUGCUUUCGGCUGACAGGAGACGUCCUCACUGACUGGACGGAGGGAGAAGGCAGGCGUGUUUUGUUCAGAGGCUCCGUUGCAGAGUUGUGCCCACUCGCUCCUAACAAUGUGAACACCAUGGCGGCAGCAGCAGUGGCAGCAGGGACACUGGGCUUCACUGGUGUCCAGGGAGAGAUUGUGUCAGAUACAGCGUUAAGAGACUACCAUGUGGUGGAAGUGGAGGUGACUGGGCCUGAUGGUUUCUCAGUACACACAGUGAGGAGGAAUCCAGCCAAACUCGGGGCUGUUACUGGCAGCGCAACUUACAGCUCUUUCUGGAAUAGUUUACUCAUUUGCAAAGGUCACGGGGGCAGAGUUUACCUGUGCUGAAACAGCCAAGCACUUUGGAGGAUUACCUACAACGGAAGAAGAGGAUUCACUGCAACAUUUCAGCUGAUCUGAAUGAUUUAUGAAGGAGAUGCUGUGUAGAUAAGAUCAGUAUGUUACAAAGAAGCAAAUCUUUGGAUAUAUUUGUUCCAAUAAACUGCACAAACACAA